CGUACGGGCGGGUGCACGGUCUGAACUACAGCUCCCAGAGGCCGUCAUGCCGCCCGGGCAUGCGUAGACCGCCCUCGCUGUAGCCUGUUGUAGAAGUUGCGUCAGCUGCAGGAUACAAUUUUGGUGAAAGUUAUAUUUCUAUUUUUUUUAAAAAAUAUAACGUUUCGAUUUUGAAGCAGUCGAGUUAUUUCAAGAGUGCGACAAUUCACCAAGCGUGUGUUAUAUUUGUUGGAAUCAGUGAAUUUGGAGAAAGUGCCUGUGGAACGGGGAGAAGAAAGUUUUUGAAACUUUUCUGAAGUUUGUUGCAGAGUUUCCCCGAUCAAUGACCGAGUGUGAAUGAGCAGCUUGCCCUGCAGCCUCAGCGGCUCCUGUCACUGCGAUGUCCCUGGACAGAGGCGAUCCCGCUGCCGCUGCCGCCUUGGAGCCGGGGCCUCCCGGAGACCUCCGCAAAUGGAGCGAGUUAGUCCGCAGCCGGGAAGAGGACAGCCGGGUGGCGGCGAUGGAGCGAGCGGCCCACACCGUGCACGCCUGCCUUGACCAGCAACAGCUAAGGAAAGCGGCGAGGAGCCAGCUCCAGCAACUGCUUCUGCUCCUGCUCCGGCUCUCCCGGAGCUGCCCCUUCCUCGAUGUGCAGGAGAGGAGCGAACACAUCCUGCAGACCGUGCUGACUAGCACCAGUUGCCUCUCCCUAAUGAGAGAGCAGCCCUAUGGUCCUCUGGGACUAUGGCAACUUUGUGACUUGAUAACUUCUGGAUGUUUGAUUUGUUUACUUUGGGGUUUUUUUUGUUUCUUGAAGAAUCUGCUGAAGACUGGCGAGAGUAGCUGGUCACUCGCCGAACUCAUCCAUGCUGUCGUUCUCCUCACGCAUUACCAUUCCCUGGCAUCCUUCGUUCUAGGCUGUGGGAUCAGGCCUGAGUUGGACCAGGACGGUGGCUUCACCUUCAGAUCUCCCUCUCCACAAAGUUGUGACUCUGACAGUGCUAGUAACAGUGGGUCAGAAGAGACUGUUAAUGGUGGUGCGAGUAGAGAUGAUUUACACGAGCUGGAGGUUCUAAUAGAGAAAAUGAAACUGCUGCAGGAAGGCAGACAGGAUGAGGAAGCGAGCCAGGAGGAGAUGGCAACGCGAUUUGAAAAGGAGAAGAGGGAAAGUUUGCUGGUUGCACCUACAGAUGAUAAUGAAUCGCUCUCUCUGACCAAUUUAUCAUGCUUUGUUGAAGAUGCAGAUUUUGGGUACAAGGAUUUUAGCAGGCGUGGGGAGCAGACUCCUCCAACGUUCCGGGCUCAGGAUUACUCCUGGGAAGAUCAUGGCUACUCUCUGAUUAACCGGCUGUACCCUGAGGUCGGGCAGCUCUUGGAUGAGAAGUUUCAAGUUGUGUACAAUUUAACCUAUAACACCAUGGCCAUGCACUGUGAUGUCGACACCUCCAUGUUGAGACGAGCCAUUUGGAAUUACAUUCACUGUGUCUUUGGCAUAAGAUAUGAUGACUAUGAUUAUGGAGAGGUCAACCAGCUUCUGGAGCGCAACUUGAAAAUUUAUAUAAAAACUGUUGCCUGCUAUCCCGAGAAAACGACCAAGAGAAUGUAUAUAGGUUUCUGGAGACACUUCCGACAUUCAGAAAAGGUGCAUAUAAACCUGCUCCUUCUCGAAGCCAGAAUGCAAGCUGCACUCCUGUAUGCAUUGAGAGCUAUCACACGCUACAUGACAUGAUUCUGUCAACGCUUUCAGGACUGGCCCCAUUCGAAAGCAUCUAUUGACCUGCUUCACCUGAAGUGAGCAGCAGUGUGCAAUGAGCAGAUUCCUGAUAUUUGACAUUCAUCUUUUUAGAGUAAAAUUUCCAAAUAUGUUUUUUUGGGGGAAGAAUUUCAGUAUUCCUUUCGCUGUGUUCAAUACAUGGUGAAUUAUAGAAAAAGGUUUGAAACGUUGGGUUUAAACCAGAUGCAUAUAAAUGUUCUAUUUGCACCUCAUGGGUGUUAAUGCUAGAGAAGUAAAAGCUUGAAUGUAUUGUAUUGAAUUUAAACUGUGAACCUGGCUGCGCUGUCACAGCACAGACUGUUGUAUGUGUGUAUGUUGACACUUCUCACUGAUCUCGUAUUUAUUUAUGUUGUCACAAAUCGAUUUUCUUUUCUGAGCUUUUGUUUUGCAUAGUAUCAUCUGUCAUACACUGGUAAUGUACUGCAAGACCAAAGGUGACUUUAGACUAGAAUGUUCACUUUCAGCAUGUCUUCAUUUUGGAAUGGGCAGUUUACUUUUGGGAAAAAAAAUGCCAAGUUUGAAAUUCUCUUCAAGGAACCAUUAGCCCAGUUUUAAGUCUUUUCCCUAAACUCUUAAAUUGAUGGCUGUUUUGCAGGAUUAUCGAAACAAAGCUGUUGUUUAGCCCAGGAAACACAUUAAACCAGAACAAAUUCGCAAAAGCGUAUUUCUUGCAGCAUUUAAAUCUUUUCAUUGCCCUGCUAUUAUUAUGACAGUGUAGAAAGUGUCACCAGUGGUGACGCUUUUAACAGCAGCAGUGAAAUUAGGUAAAUAUGAUGCUGUUACCUUAUCUCAUUGCUUUUCUAACAUUGCCCACGUGUUAUCUACAUGGUCACCCAUGAUAAACCUGUGGUAUUGAAAUACAUUUUUCUUGGAUUCAGUGUAGCAGGUUCCUUUUUAAUCAAUGAUUAUUAGUGCUCCAAAAAGUUGAGUUAAAAAAAGUCAAUAUUUUGGAAAAUACACAUCCUUGUAAAGAAUUGUUGAUGCCUUGAUUUGCACAUGCCUUCCUCUGUGAAACGUACUUUUUUGUUUCUGAUUUUUGCACAAAGCAUUUUCUAAGCAUCUGGAUGCAUUUUGUUACUGCACUAAACAGUUUUUCUGCUGUUAAUGUUUUUACACGUUGAUAAACUAGAAUUACCAUUUUUUGUAAGGAGUAGAAUUUAUUUCUUGCGAGCCAACACCAAUAUAAGAUGUGAUACUUUUCUUGUAACAAAGUUCUGUACAGUAGUGGGAGAAAAUCUUUAUUCAGCAUCACAUCUGAGCAAAGUUUUCUUUUGCCCCUGAAAUAUACUGGCUUCUUUGCAGAGCAGAUAGAUCCAGCACUCAACUCUGUUUUGUUUGCUCAGUGAGUUCUUUCUUGGUCUUUUGAAAUGAAGCUAUAAUCAUUUGUAAAUGCAAUGCCUCUUACGUUAUCCAUAGCAUUAGAAGAUUCCCUGGCAGAGUGCAGUGGGAAGUGACUGAUGCAGAGAUCCAACAUGUACGGUGAAGUUACCACCUGAUGUCCUUAAGUGUGGAGUCACCUAGUUUACAUGGAAAUAUUCUGCAUCAUUAACACUCGGCUUUAUUUUAUGUGGUGGGAAGUUAUUUAAAUAGUGGGGAAAAAUGAUGCCCGACAAACUGGAUGGUUUGAAAUAUUGCGCCAUGUUUCAAAUAUAUACUUUGUUGGUGGGUAUUUAUACACCAGUGAUUGAACACUAAAGUUAUUAGCUCGCCCAGUAACUCAUCGCAGUUGUGUGAAUUUGUUCAAAGGUUUCCUACGAAGCCUCGGUCAGUUUCAGCAGCAUCUUGGGAGGAAAGGGGAGGGUAGAAUGAAUAAAGAUGUCUGGUUUGUACAUGUUAUGGCCUGUUAGCCAAACAGUCUGCCAGAAUUCUGGGUUGGGAUGGUCAUGCACUCAUUUUCUUAGCUGUAGGGUUAGGUUUUAAAAAAAACACAGCACAGUCCAAAGGAUGAAAGUAAUGACAGUAUGUUCAGUGUAAAAUGAACCAUCUGUGCGAUUUCAAUAAACUUUUUUUGUAAUCACAAGCUCAAAUGAGCAAGUACCUAUUUACCAACACGCUGGAAUAGCUAUUUAGAUGUUCCUAGUCGCAUGAAAGUCGUCGUACUUCUCUUUUUUAAAAAAAAAUCCUUUUAAAGUCAACAAGGAUUGAUGCCUAUUUGUGACAUAGCAUUGAAUAUGUUUUGUAGAUAGUGUCUGAGAAUGCACUGAGCUUUAAUACACUCCCUUGUUCCUCAGAUAUUAGAACUCCUAAGUAAGAUGCAGGUAAAAUCAAUUUUUGGAAGUGUCUACAUUUGAGACAUCCUCUGCACUGAUGUACUGAACUAUUUUAGUUUAUAAUGGACAGCGAAGUUAACUAAUUUGAUGCAUUGCUGAUUUCCAUUACCUUGCUGUCCCUCAGAAACUCUACAGCAUAUUUAACUCUUCUUUCCCCUCGUUCAGUUUUAUGCUGGUUUUGACCUCCAGUGGUAUAACAUUUAAAUUUGCGAGCAUUUGAAAAUAGCUGGAAACUUGCAACAAAUUUUACAGGCAAUUCUCUUGGAUUUGUGUCACUGAGGAUGUUGCAUUUGUGGAAGCUAAACAUAGCUUGAUUCUGUCCAUGGGUGACUGACCUGGGUUAUAUUUUUCUGCUGGCUUCCAAUGUACAAGCAGGACUUGGGAGAAAAUGUAACAGACUUCAGAAACCUAUGUUGAACUUACUAAGCUGUUUAUUGACUGACUUAAUUUCAUCUUGGGAGUUUUAGAAGUUGUAAACCACUUUUGACUUGAUUUCUGAAAAUAAAGAUACUUUUUACAAAA